AUGUUUGCGUUCAUUGUGUUGUUUCUCCACCCUACUUCCGCGCUCUCAUUGUCCAACCCGCACCCCUCCGCUCUCCACUCUCCACUCUCCACUCUCCCUCUUCUUAACGGUUUGUUAGAGUUCCUGCGAUCCGCUCCUUCGGCUAAGCGCAAGAUGGCCAACCCCUUCCUCCUCUUCUUGCCGAUCGCGUCUUGUUUUCUACAGAUUUGGGCGUCGGAUGUGCUGUUCUACGAGUCGUUUGAUGAACCUUUUGAUGGUCGGUGGAUCGUCUCAAGGAAGGGGGACUAUGGAGGCUUAUGGCAGCAUUCAAAGAGUAAUGGCCAUCAAGACUAUGGCCUUCUUGUGAGUGAAAAAGCUAAAAAGUAUGCAAUAGCUAAGGAACUUGAUCAACCUACCAAUCUCAACGAUGGAACUACAGUUUUGCAAUUUGAGGUUCGACUACAGAAUGGACUUGAAUGCGGAGGGGCAUAUCUCAAAUAUCUCCGUCCUCAAGCCCCUGGAUGGACACCAAAGGGUUUUGACAACCAGUCUCCUUAUACUAUCAUGUUUGGACCUGAUAAAUGUGGGUCAACAAACAAAGUGCAUUUUAUCUUUCAACAUAGAAACCCCAAAACUGGCAAGUUUGUUGAACAUCAUUUGAAAUACCCUCCGGCUGCCCCCUCUGAUAAACUCUCUCAUGUCUACACUGCUAUUUUGAGACCUGACAAUGAGCUUAAGAUUUUCAUCGAUGGGGAAGAAAAGAAGAGUGCAAAUUUCUUAUUGACAGAUGAUUUUGAACCAGCAUUUUUUCCUCCCAAGAUAAUACCUGACCCUGAUGAUAAAAAACCUGAGGAUUGGGAUGAGAGGAGCAAGAUUCCUGACCCUCAUGCAGUAAAGCCGCAGGAUUGGGAUGAAGAUGCACCAAUGGAGAUCGAAGAUGAGACAGCAGUCAAGCCCGGCGGAUGGUUGGAUGAUGAGCCUGAAGAGAUUGAUGAUCCUGGAUCCGUAAAACCAGAGGAUUGGGAUGAUGAAGAGGAUGGAGUAUGGGAGCCACCAAAAAUGGACAACCCAAAGUGUUACGAAGUUCCUGGCUGUGGAGAGUGGAAGAGGCCCAUGAAGAGUAACCCAGCAUACAAGGGGAAAUGGCAUGCCCCUUUAAUUGACAACCAAAACUACAAGGGUACCUGGAAGCCCCGAGAAAUCAAUAACCCUGAAUUCUUUGAGCUCGACAAACCAAAUUUUGAGCCAAUUGCUGCUAUCGGUAUUGAGAUUUGGACCAUGCAAGAUGGUAUUAUAUUUGACAAUAUUUUGAUAGCUAGUGAUGAGAAGGUUGCUGAGGAAUAUAGGAUCAAAACUUGGAAGCCUAAGUACGACGUUGAGAAAGAAAAAUUGAAAGCUGAGGAAGCUGCCUCUGGGUUUAAGGCUACGACCUUAAGAUUUCAGAAGCAAGUAUUUGCUGUUCUUUACAAGAUAGCAGACAUUCCUUUCUUGGAGGCUUACAAGAUUAAAAUAAUUGAGAUCAUUGAGAAGGCAGAGAAGCAAGCACACAUCACAGUAGGAAUCCUUUUAGCCGUAGCGUUUGUAUCUGUUAGUGUUUUAUUCAGGUCUAUUUUUGGAGCAAAGAAGCCCAAGGUAAGCGCUGCAUCCAAAAAUGCCAAAGUAGACAAAACUGACGUUGGAGGACGCAGUGAACCCAAAGAUGAAAAGGAUAAAGAAAAUGAAUCAGGCCCGCGCCAAAGGAAGUCUAGGAGGGAGACAUAGUGCAUGUCUAUUUUCCUUUUCAAUAGACAUGUUAAUUUUGUUUUGAGUCGUAGAUGUAUUCCUUUAAAUUUUAUGACCACUGAGGAGUGAGGAAGAAAUUAUUCCUUCAA